AUGAGACAGGAGAAUACUGGAGACGUCCAGACAUACUUAUUGGAGUUGACUACUUCUUCGAAUUUAUGUCACCACACAAGCUUCGCAAUAUGGCAUCUGGAUUCGACAUCAUCUCCACCAAGACGACUUAAAUACAAGAAGCAAGCACUCCGUCGAUAUGAUGAAAUAAUCAAAGAACAAAUGCAAUUCAACAUCAUAAAAGAAGUCACUUCCGACAUGAGUCAGAAUGGUAUCAUACAUUAUUUACCUCAUCACGAAGUACUAAACCCAAGCAAGUCAACUACAAAAUUACGAAUUGUGUAUGAUGCUCCUGCUCAUUGCAAAGGAUCAAAAAGUUUACAUGAUGUCCCGUAUCGCGGUCCCACCACAUUGCCUGACCUAGCAGGUGUUUUACUUCGUUUUAGAGUGAUGAAAAAUGUGAUCAUAACUGAUAUCGAGAAAGCGUUUUUACAAUUGGAAUUACUUCCAUCUGAUUGGAAUUGCACACAAUUUCUAUGGUUGAAAGACAUCAGUGGAGAAAUUACCAGCGGCAAAACUGCUUUGGAAAUUGGGAAAAAUCUCUAUGUCGAUAAUGUCAUAUUAUCAACACGUGGGACUCAAGAAGCAUUUAAAACUUAUGAAGAAGUGAAAGACAUAUUCAAAGAUGCCUCGAUGAACAUACGAGAAUUCCCUUCAAAUGAUCAGAAGUUUAACAAAUCCAUUCCAAAAAAUGAUCGAGGAGAAAUAGAUGAAUUCAAAAAAAUUCUUGGAGUUAAAUGGAAUCCAAAUCGAGACGUUUUAAAAGUCACUUUAAACCCUUGGAACGAUAAAGAACUAACAAAAAGAACAAUUUUGCAAUUUGUAACAUCCUAUGAUCCUAUGGGAUUCCUCAAUCCAGUUCAAACUAUUCCUCUAGAAUCAAUGGAAAAAAAUAACGAUUGA